CAUGAGCUUACCUCAUUGCAUAACGUUAAAACAGUGCAGUAAAUUUCAUUUAGUAAAGGAAGAUAUUCUUAAAUGUGGCCAAAUAAAUACAGUACAUAUUUGUUCCAUAUCUCAUAUAUCCAAACUUUAAUGAUCUUCGGCACAACACCUGUUUUUGACAAUAUACACUGGCAACUUUCUACUCAUCCCCUCUUUCCACCACCACCACCUUCUGCUUUACCUUCUAGGUCACAAGUUUCAGUCCCAUCUUCUCCAUUUCGGUUAAAAUAAUAUUACCUCCUAUAGUCCUAUAUGACUCCCUUUGCACAUAGAUUAUGUUUCUUCUUCAUCACUGUUUUCUACCUUUCCCAUCAAAUAUGCAUACCUUGGAUCAUGCAAAGUGUAUAGAUUAUUGAACCAAAAGAGAGCAAGAAAAUUAUGAGCAAUAUCUACAACUAGGGAUGUGUAUUAAUUGAUUCAAUCUUAAUAGUUCAAUUAACUAAUUUCUAUAUUUCUAUUCUAUAAAGAUUAAGAAAUAUAAAUAUAUGUGAAAAACAAAAAUAAAAAAUAAAAUCAAUUGCUUUUUUUGUUUUGUUUCCCCCUUGUUAUUUAAAAUUAUUUUGCUUAACGUUUCACUCCUUUCCCUAAACAUCUCCCAUGUUCCAAACAUAACCAGUUAGCAAAAAAGUGAGCUGACAACCAUAAAAACUUAAAUUUACCCCUAGGAGUUCUGAGCGUCUGAGGUGUCCAAAGGAAGCAGUAUGACACACAGUAGUGCAAAUGCAAGAAUGUCCCAGAAUACAGUGAUGAUUCAGGCACUCUGCCACCUCUCGCCGAAGGGAUCUGUCGCUUUGAAGUAAACCUUCACCUAAUGAAACUCAAUGACCAGUACUCCUCAAGAUUACUUUUUUAAACGUUCAGACUUUGCACACUCAAUCUUAUUUUUCAAUCAUGCCCAAAUUUUAGGUGUAAAGUUGAUGUAACAAGGAAAAAAGAGGGAGAUGGUAGAUCAAAUAUUGCAGCUGACAUGGAUAGGAUAUCUACUUGAAUAGCAAACAAAGUUUCCAACAUUCUUAAUGAUUUUCAAACUGGUGCCAGAGAUAAGCGGCACAGAAGUUCCAAUGCAGUAAAACUUCCUUCUAAAGUAUGAAAAGCACAAAUGCAUAAGAUCACUCGGUUUUAUGCCAUUGAAAUGAAAUUAACUAAUGGAACAGAGAUUUCUCAAAAUACACAAGCAAGAGCACUUCAUUACGCAUCCAUAUGCAAUUGAGCUUCUGUUUGUUUCCCGGAAGACUGGAAAUAACUUGUUGCCAGUUAUUUUCAGAGGAAAAAGAUUUCCAGGGAAAAAAGUUGUUAUGUGCAUUAAUAUAUACUCCGUAUAAUAUAAUACGGGCAAUUAAAUCUUUUCAUGUCUCUUGAGACUAAGGCUUGGAUGUUGUCGUUGUAUUAAACCUUUUCAUGAAAACAUUUUAAAACGUGAAAAUAAGAGAACAUCUUCCUAUUCUUUUAUUUGCCUUGGACAUGAAAAGAGGCAUGAUAUUAAUAAAGUUUACAAAUAUUAACCAGUAAAAGUUCAGCAGAAUGCCAAAGUUGCGUUGACAAAGUACAUGCCUCAUACCCUAUCCAAGCAACUGAAGCAAUCAGCUAAUGCAUUUGAGAAUUAUCUACACAAGUCCAACUUCUAUUUCCUGAAACUGUAAAUUCAUGUUUCAUCACUAAGGAUUUCAAUAUCAAAUGUUUCCCACACUGCUUUUCCAAUUACUUUGAUUCCUUUAAUACUUCCCUAGUAGAAAGUUUAAUUAUAAAGCGAUUUGAAGAUCAAAAUCUUGUGGCAAUAUGGGCCAUUUUUCACAUGCCAACAAAGUACACCACACCCCCACACUCAUCUAUCAGUAAAUAAAAAAGGAUUCUGGGCAAAUUUGUAAAAUGUCAACAAGCUAAGCCUCAUGGAAAAUGUAAAAGAUUAUGGUUACAAAGUUUUCAAGAUGCAUGCAUUGCUUAAUACUCUGUAUUAACAAAUGAAUAUUUGGUAAUAAGUUCUAACCAAAAUAGGCCGAGCUCAUGAGUUGGACUCCAUUUAUGUUAAAAUAAUCCAAAAUCUUCCAAAUUAAUGCAUUUGGCAGCACUGUUUUAGUAUAUAAAACAACAACAUACCAUUCUGAGGAAGUAACUCAAGUAAGUAAUUGCUUCCCUAAUCUCUCCUCUAAUUACCUAAUGACGAGGAAGAAAGUGAAGCUCGCCUUCAUCGCCAAUGACUCCGCUCGAAAGGCGACGCUGAAGAAGCGGAAGAAAGGGCUGAUGAAGAAGGUCAGCGAACUGAGCACGCUGUGCGGGGUCGACGCCUGCGCCAUAAUCUACAGCCCGUACGAGAACCAGCCGGAGGUGUGGCCGAACACGGCGGGGGCUCAGCGGGUGGUUGCGCAGUUCAAGAGGAUGCCGGAGAUGGAGCAGAGCAAGAAGAUGAUGAACCAGGAGAGCUUCAUCAGGCAGAGGAUCGCCAAGGCCAGCGAACAGCUCAAGAAGGUCCAAAAGGAGAAUCGGGAGAAAGAGAUCACGGAGGUGAUGUACCAGUGCCUGAACGGCAAGGCGGCGGGACUUCUGCAGAGCUUGCUCUUGACGGACUUGAACGAUCUCGCCUGGAUGCUGGAUCACAACCUCCAGGAGAUCGACAAGAGGAUGGAGGCUCUCAAGAAGGCGCCACCGGCGCCUGCGCCUCCGCCAGUCCCUCAGCCGGCCGUAGUACCCCCGGCUGUCACAGCUGCUCAGCCCCAGCAGCAGGAAGUGGCGGCGGAUUUAGAAUUGGGGCAGAGACAGAAUUGGUUCGUGGAUUGGAUGUUGAGUAACCCUAAUGAACAUAUGGGGUUUGAGCAUGGCGGGGGCAGCGGCGGCGCCGGUGGCGCAGGGGAGGAGAUGAUCAUGCCUAACCCGAUGUGGUCCGGUGCAUUCUUUCAUUAGGUGAUGAUGAUUACUUACAUCUCCAUUUUCUUCAGAUUAUCAGAUGGUCAAAUAGUCAAACUCCUGGAGGAAGAGAUUUC